GGGUGUUGAAUAAGCAUCUGGAAGAGAAAGAAGAUUGCCGCAGUGGACUGUUAAAAAAGAGAAACAGAGGGUGAAGGAUAAUUUUAUGAUUGUAGAUAGUGUUAUAGCAGCCAAUUUCGCCACGUAACACAGUCUCAUUCAUUCUCACGACUCUCUCUCUGGUGAACUGCGAUGAUCAAAUCUCGAACUUUCGAGAUUGCGAAAUAAUAAUCUGAUUGUGACCCUUAUAUCCAUGGCGAUCUCUCUUCUUCCCAGACCCUUCAUAUCGCUCCGUACAAGCAAAAGCUUCGACCUUUCACCGAGGGUUUUCUCCCUUAGGCUAUCAUGCUCCUCUUCUUCUAAUGGGUCUGCCGGAAACCAGCAGGUUUCUUCGAAUCCAGAGAAGAGAUCUUUCGCUGCUGCCACCGGUGAUAUGUUCAUCGGAGUCGCGUCGAGGCUUUUGAAAAGGUCCAAUCAACGGACGCCUCCGAGUGAUGACGGAGAUAGAAUAGGAACAGUAAUUGAAGAUGAGGUUGAUCCAGAGAUGAUAUGGGAACAAAGGGUUAAAGACGUAGAGGCUGAGAAAGAGAGGAGGGUCAUUACAAGCCCGGGUUUUAGCUUCUCUGCUGCUGGUCUUUUGUUCCCUUAUCAUCUUGGUGUUGCUCAGCUUCUCAUCGAGAAGGGUUACAUCAAGGACACUACUCCUUUGGCAGGAGCUUCUGCUGGUGCUGUAGUCUGUGCUGUGAUAACCUCAGGAUCCUCUAUGUGGGAAGCCCUUGAAGCUACCAAGGUUCUUGCUGAUGAUUGUCGACGCAAUGGCACUGCUUUUCGUCUUGGGGCUGUCCUCAGAGAGUCUAUGGAGAAAUUACUACCGGAUGAUAUUCAUAUUAGGUCCAAUGGCAGAGUUCGUGUUGCUAUCACACAGGUGCUCUGGAAACCUAGAGGUUUACUGGUGGAUCAAUUCGACUCCAAAAGUGACCUUAUAAAUGCAGUUCAUACAUCUUCAUUUAUUCCAGGAUAUCUUGCACCAAGGCCUGUAACGAUGUUCCGGAAUCGAGUUUGUGUUGAUGGAGGUUUGACUUUGUUUAUGCCACCAUCUGCUGCUGCUAAAACAGUUCGAGUUUGUGCGUUUUCCGCUAGUAGCUUCAAACUAAAGGGUAUUGGGAUCAGCCCAGACUGCAACCCUCUAAACAGGGCAACCGCAAGACAGCUAUUGAAAUGGGCACUGGAGCCAGCAGAGGACGAGGUGUUGGAUAGGCUGUUUGAGCUAGGAUAUGCCGAUGCAGCUACGUGGUCUGAGAUAAGUCCAGUGGAUGAACUGGUCUAUGAUGAUUCUCCUGCAGCUCAAGCGAUUCAAGCUAGUUAGAAAUUACAAGAAUUCAGUACUUAAUUUCUUUUAACUAAAAAUAGUCUGUUUAUUGCGCUAUAAUAGAUUAAUACUUUUCUCACAAGGAGAGACUUUUGUAUUCAAAACAAAAUCCAGUGGUAGAUAAGAGUUCAACGUUGGCCUCUUUUAUUCAUCAAAAAACUACAAACUUUCAUGCG